AACUUUGUGGGUAUACUGGGUUGUUGUUGUUAAUUUUUUGUCUCAAUUGCCCUUUCCACAAUUUCCGCUUAACAAAACAAAAUUAAGCCAAUUUAAUUGUAUUUAUUUCUCAUCCAAACCAAAAUAAUCAAACAUAAAACAUACUAAUUCAACUUGGUGACUCCGUAACUGAAUCCUCCUUCCUCAGUUCCACCUUUCGCCGGCUCCAAAAAAAUAAAAAAAUAAAAAAAUAAAAAAUAAAAACUUUCGCCGGCGUUUCUAUUUUCCAAAUCUCUAAUCAAUGGAGGACGGUACACCCGACAGUGCACAACGUACAACCGGUGAGCGUGUAAAGCUCAACGUCGGCGGCAAGCUCUUCGAAACUACAGUAUCUACACUUCGUUCUGGUGGGCCCGAUUCCCUCUUAUCCGCUUUAUCGAACCGGACUUCAAACGAACCGGUUUUCAUCGACCGGGACCCGGAGAUAUUCUCGGCUUUAUUAGCUCUUCUCCGGUCGAACCGUCUCCCUUCGACGGCAAAGAGGUUUUCCAAUCAUGAACUAAUCGACGAAGCGGUUUAUUACGGGAUUGAAUCUCAACUUCGAUCUGCACUCGCACCGAGUCAACUCAGUGGAAUUGAUGCAUCCCUAUUCUCGACUAUUCGUCCUUCAUCUGACGGCGUUGUAACGGACUUUAACGCCGUUGAUUCUGACGGCUCCGUUUGGGUUGCUCACGGCGGUCAGGUUUCUGUUUAUGAUUGGAGUUUAACACAUACGGAGACGGUACGGACUCAUCUUGAUUAUAUCAGCUCGAUUAAGAAGGUUGGAACAGAUUUGGCUGUUGUCGGGUCGGAGUUUGAAUCGGGGCUCCAUUUUUAUAACUUGGCUAAUGGGCGUAGAGUCGGGUCUGUUGAAUGGACGGACCCGUCUGACCCGAGGAUUUACAAGGCUAAAGUAAAUGCUGUUGUGGAUUCGGUUGAUUCAGUUUAUGCUGCGUUCGAGUGUCAACAUAGAGAAAAUUGUGUGGUAAGUAUUGACAAGGGUACGAUGAAGGCUGUUUCGGAGUUGGGAAGGCAAUCUGGGAAUUCGGCGAAGUCAACUGUUGUUGGAAAGUUGACAUUUUUGCCGGAGAUAAAUGCGUUGCUCGGCGUUUCAGUUAGUGCUGGAGCUUUUGGGUAUUCGGGUUACGUGAGGUUGUGGGAUUCCAGAUCAGGAGAUGUUGUGUGGGAGACGAAUGAACCGGGUUCGGGUCGGAGUAGCCGGUUUGGGGACUCGUUUGCUGAUGUUGAUUUUGAUAGGGAAGAUUUAACAAUGUUCAAGAUAUGUUCAAAAUCAGGUGAUUUGGCAGUGUCAGAUUUACGUAAAUUAAGUGAAGAUCCAUGGGUUUAUCUGGAAGAGAAAAAUCCAUGUAUGAGGCAUGCAGGUGGUGGAAGCAGUACUUUGAUUCACUGUUAUCGAAAGCAGGUGUUCGUGGGACGAGGAGGAGAGUUGGAAGUUUGGUCGAGAAUGGUGGAGAAGGGAAUUGAUGGUGAGAGGGAAAGGGUGUUGCAUGAAGGAUUGUAUAGAAGGAAUUAUAUGGAUAAAGUGGAGGAUGCCGAAAGAGGAAUCAUAAAGAAAAUUGAGGGAGCUGGUGAUAGGCUGUUUGUUACGAGAGAAAAUGCUGAGGGGAUUGAGGUGUGGCAAAGUUCUCAGUUUUCUGGUGCUGUUUUAAAUUUGUGAUAGUGUCGAGCUGUGAGCUUUGCAUUCUAUGUAUGAGCUUCCAUUGCCUGUCUCAUGCCCGAACAAAGGAGAGGGUUGCAAUCGGUUGAUGAUUAGAGUAAAACUACAACCCAACCGAACUAGUUCGAGAUUGAGCAUAGUUGUUGUUGUAGUAUCUUUUUGAGCUGUCUGCUGCAGUUUGCAAUGAUCAUCAAUUGGUUGCAGUAGGUUGACUGUCAGAGUAAAGCUAGAAUCCACCCUGAAUUAGUUUGAGAUUGAGCAUAGUUGUUGUAUCUUUUUUAGCUGUCCAACUGCAGUUUGCAAUGAUCAUCAAUGAAACGAAUUAUGUAUUUGGUGAUUUCUUUUAGAUGUCAAGUUGAUCAAUCAAGAAACAAUGUGCAAAGGUUAAUAUGAUCAUGACGAUUACCUGAAAUUGGAUUGUUGAUCCCUUUUGGACACGAUGUUGAUCAAUCAAGAUUAAGAACAAUGCAGAAAGGUGUUACCUAUCGUGUAAUAAAAUGAAUUUGGUUUAUUGGUGAAUUUGGGCAUCCCUGUUAUCAGGAAAGAAUCGUAUCCAAGUGGGUUAAAGUUAGUUGUAUCAGAGACAAUGUGUACCUGUAGAAGAAAGUACAAUCUAGUCAUUUUCACCACCUUUGAGAGGAAAGCCAGUAUGCUGUCUAGUUGGCUUAAACUUGCUCGAGAUACCAUAAAGUGUGGACAAUGGUUUCUAUGGGAAAUGUAUGAGCAACUUCAUAUUAGGAUUAAGACGAAUUCAAUGCGUUUUUUGAACAAGCCAAGAAUACCGGAGCUAGGGUAAAAGGUGGUUCAUUGCACACUGAGGGUGCAAAGAGCAUUGGGACCAUAGUUGGGAAAAUGGUAAGUAAUAAUAUUAACAUUUUAGUUAAUGUGCUUAUAUAAAGUUGAUUAAAUAUUACUUGAUUAUGUUUAAUUAUAUUUUGUUUGCUGGAGCAAAAAUGGGUGCCCUUCGACUCAGGUUGAGAUCUUCAAGGAAACACAUAUAAUGGGGAAUGAAUCGGAUCUGGAUGUAAGGGUUAAGCCAUGGGUCAAAAUGCUUAUGUUCAAGGACCAAGGCUUGGAUGGUGUCUUGUUAGAGUCUAUUCGGAAGAAGAAAAGAAGCUGCUAAAUGAUGGAAGUCGAGUGUUACCAAACCCCAAUAUUCUUGAUGAUCAUGUUGCAUGCCCAGCAAAACAGCUAGGCUACAAGCUUGGAGAUCCGUAGGUUCUAGUAACCUCAUUAGUUUUUGUCGGAAUAUUGGUCCGCUAUGAGCUUAAAUGGAGCAACAUGGUCAGUGAGGAUUUAUGUCGCUGACCGCAGCUUGCUUGGGAUUGAGGUGCAGUUGUUGUAAAUUGGUUUGCGAAAAUGCCCCUAAUCUUGUGCGAGCACCCUCAUAGUGGUGUCAACGUGUGUUGAUAGUAUAUUAUUGUACUGCUUCAAGAAGUGAAUCUUUUAGACAGGAGCACAUGAGAGCCUUGAUGAUUUGGUUGACAAACCUUACUUGGCAAUAUCAUUUUGUGCAUUCCAACUCUUCUGUGGUGUAAAUGUGUAACCUUACUUGGUAUGCAUUGACAUAUUAUAUGGAAUUAUUAGAAAAAGAUGAAGAUACGUGACUUAAGAGUGGGGGUUCCAAAAGCCAACCCUUUUAUAGAUCA